CUCAGUUAAGAUGCAUCUUAGAGUUUAAAGAAUGUAGUGGGUCAAUUUACAGUAUUUGGGAUUUGGCCAUUAACAGUAGCAACUUGUAUCUGAGAGUUAAGCAGCAGUCAAAGUGAACAUAAUACAGUGUUUUUUUUGGUUUUUCGUUUUUCACUUGGCAUAUUUGUGCUUUAAAAGGCAGCUCUGCACACCAAGUAAGUCACUGUUUCCAGCAGAGCCACAGGAAGCUGCUUCAGAAACACUUGCCUUCUCUAGCAUCUCUCUCCUCCAAUCUUCAAUCAAAAUGAGCAAGAUCAUUGUUUUUAGCAAAAACAUCUUUGAAGGCAGAACAGCUGAAUUCAAGAACGAUGUCCGCAACUUAGAAGAAAAGGGUUUCAACGACGUCAUCUGCUCCAAAAAAGUCAUCGGUGCACCAUGGGUGGCGUAUUAUGACGAGAAUUUUGCUGGAAAGCACCUGGUGUUUGAGGAAGGAGAGUACUCUACCCUUGAUGACAAAGGCCAGUUUUCUUCCCUCAGGAUAGUCACAGGUGACCUGGACAACCCUGAAAUCCAGCUAAAUGUGAAUUAUCAAGGAAGAAGCAUGACCCUACGCAAGGAAACCAAUCUUCAUGACAUUGAUUUCAGUGACAUAGCUUCUUCUCACAAAGUGAAAGGUGGUGUCUGGGUGCUAUACCAGCACAUGAGUCAUUAGGGUUCCCAGAUUAUUUCUUUACCUGGUGAUGAAGUUCCCAGCUGUUGUCCACUCUCCUUCAACGACGUGGCCAGCCAUGUGCGCCCCUUGCUGCCGAAGCCAUAGACAGCAUCAUUCAACGUACGCUUUCUACAACUGAAUAUGAACUGGAAUCCUUCGAGGAAGAAUUAGGAAGAUUGUGGGGAAUGAUAAUUCUUGACCAGAAACGAUGACUCUGACUGAAAUAAAUCAGUAACACUUUACAAUAAGGUUCAUUACAAUAAUGUAUUAACUAACAUGAACUAACCAUG